AUGGCCGUUGAGUACGAGAAAAAGAUGCACCAACUCAUUACGUACGUAAUAAAAGUGUUUUAUAGUCCUCAGCAUAGCGUAUUCAUGAGCUUUUUGCUAGAAAAGACCAUUUUGACAGAGGAGGAAUGUUGUAGAUUGAUGAAAUUGCUGAACAGAGAAUUCAAUAAGAUUGUGAUGCGUCUCAGAGAGGACAAGUUGAUACGCGUAGAGCAGAAGUUGCAUACAACUUCUGUUGGCAAAGAUGAACUAAAGACGGUUUAUUACAUAAACUAUGCAGAAGUACGUGACGUAAUAAAAUACAAGAUUAUGAAAAUGAACAAUCUCGUUGAGAAGUCGAACAGAGUCAAAGAAGAUAUGUUGAAGUGUAUCAUAUGUGAUAAAACAUACUCAAUGCUAGACGCACAGGCAUUCGUAGAAGAUUUUGUAUUCAAGUGUCCAAUUUGCAAAAAUGAAUUGUUGGAGUGUACUGUACAGAAUGAGAGAAAUGGAAUAGAUAACAGGACAUUUAUCAACAAAUUGGAGUAUCUCAUUCGAUUAUUGAAGGCAGUUGAUCAAUAUAAAAUACCAAACAUGGAUUAUUUUCAGAUGAAGAAUCUAAAGGCGCAAAAAUCCAAAACAACUGAAGAAACAGCUGUGCAAGAAGCAGAAGAGAAAGAAAUUGAAGAAGUCGAACCAGUUCAAAAUGAUUCUGAAGAAUUUGAUGUGAAAGAAAAUAAGGUCCCAUCACCUAUUGAGAAGAAGACUAGUGAAAUAGUUUAUGUCACUGUGAAUGGGAUUGAGAAAGAUAUCGACAAAAUAACAGAAGAGGACAAAGAGAAGAUGACAGAGGAUGAGUACGUGGCAUAUUAUGAAAAAUGUGGAAUGUAA